AAAAGGGGCUGGAGAAAUGCAUUACUCGCAAUACGGUCACGACAGAUUUUCAUGGAUUUAUUAUUCAAGGGAUUGAAAAAAUUUAUCUUGUUCAUCUCCCUAUGUUUGACAUGGAGAACCACAGAUAUCAAUUAAUUCUUCAAGCAGAAAUGCCUAAGGAAAUCAUGGAUGCAUAUAUUAAAGAAAGAGUAGACAAUCCAAAGCAAGUUUUCAUUUUAGGAAAUCAAAAUAAAACAACAUUAAAUGACAUAAUUUCGGGAAAAGAAUUUAAAGCCGUGAUUGAUAAAAUUGAUAAAGAUUUUCCUCCGUCUGAUGGCCAACACUGGAAAGUGGACGUUGAAAUCACAUGCCAUUUUAUCUCUAUGGCUCAAAAAAAUGAAUGUCAUAUCGAUCAUCUUUUGGUUAAGUCACCAAACAUUCAGCUUAGUGCGGAUCGAGUUGUUCUCGAUCUUGAGAAUGGUUUUCCGGAUGAUAUUAAAUGGGAAAAUGGAAUUCUUGCGUAUUUCACAGACAUUCGAGAAGGAAAAUGA